CCAAGCCAGCCGCGAAUGCGCAGUAGGUUCCGAUCCCGGCCAUCCCAUGAGCCUUUGGGGCGGACCCCAAGGCGAACAACGGAAGCAGCCGCUCUUGGUUUCCGGCAACACGACAGCGGCCGCCGGGCGACCCGGAAGUGUUCCCAUUUUGCGUCGUCGGGGCUCGGCGGCGGCCGGGCUCGGGGCGGACGUACCACCAUGGGGUCGUCAAAGAAGCACCGCGGGGAGAAGGAGGCGACCGGGACGACGGCGGCGGCCAGCACCGGGGGCGCCACCGAGCAGCCGCCGCGGCACCGGGAGCACAAAAAACACAAGCACCGGAGCGGCGGCGGCGGCGGCAGCAGCAGCGGCGGCGAGCGACGGAAGCGGAGCCGGGAGCGUGGGGGCGAGCGCGGGGGCGGGCGGCGCGGGGCCGAAGCCGAGGCCCGCAGCGGCGCGCACGGGCGGGAGCGCAGCCAGGCCGAGCCCUCCGAGAGGCGCGUGAAGCGGGAGAAGCGCGAUGACGGCUACGAGGCCGCUGCCAGCUCCAAAACUAGCUCAGGAGAUGCCUCGUCUCUCAGCAUCGAGGAGACCAAUAAACUCCGGGCCAAGUUGGGGUUGAAGCCAUUGGAGGUCAAUGCUGUCAAGAAGGAGGCGGGCACCAAGGAGGAGCCCGUGGCAGCCGAGGUCAUCAACCCUAUGGCUUUGCGACAGCGAGAGGAGCUACGAGAGAAGCUGGCGGCUGCCAAAGAAAAGCGCCUCCUGAACCAAAAGCUGGGGAAGAUAAAGACACUGGGCGAGGAUGACCCCUGGCUGGAUGACACUGCAGCCUGGAUCGAGAGGAGCCGGCAGCUUCAGAAGGAGAAGGACUUGGCAGAGAAGAGAGCCAAGCUGCUGGAGGAGAUGGACCAAGAGUUCGGCGUGAGCACUCUGGUGGAGGAGGAGUUCGGGCAGAGGCGACAGGACCUGUACAGCGCCCGGGACCUGCAGGGCCUCACCGUGGAGCACGCCAUCGAUUCCUUCCGAGAAGGAGAGACUGUGAUCCUCACCCUCAAGGACAAAGGCGUGCUGCAGGAGGAGGAGGAUGUGCUGGUGAAUGUGAGCCUGGUGGAUAAGGAGCGGGCAGAGAAAAACGUGGAGCUGCGGAAGAAGAAGCCCGACUACCUGCCCUACGCAGAGGACGAGAGCGUGGACGACUUGGCACAGCAAAAACCCCGCUCUAUAUUGUCCAAGUACGACGAGGAGCUCGAGGGCGAGCGGCCACAGUCCUUCCGUCUGGACCAGGGUGGCACGGCCGAUGGCCUCCGGGAACGGGAGCUGGAGGAGAUCCGGGCCAAGCUGCGGCUGCAGGCCCAGUCCCUGAGCACGGUGGGACCCCGACUUGCCUCCGAGUACCUCACGCCCGAGGAGAUGGUGACCUUUAAAAAGACCAAGCGGAGGGUGAAGAAGAUCCGCAAGAAGGAGAAGGAGGUGGUUGUGCGGGCUGAUGACUUGCUGCCUCUUGGGGACCAGAGUCAAGAUGGGGACUUUGGUUCCAGACUGCGGGGCCGGGGUCGGCGCCGAGUGCCCGAGGCAGACGAGGAGGCCCCGGAGGAGGAGGAGAAGGAGCCUGUGCCUCAGCCCCCGCAGUCAGAUGACACCCGAGUGGAGAACAUGGACAUCAGUGAUGAGGAGGAGGCCGGAGCACCGCGAUCUGGGUCCCCAGAGGUGCUGGAGGAGGAUGAGGCGGAGCUGGAGCUGCAGAAGCAGCUGGAGAAGGGGCGCCGGCUGCGGCAGCUGCAGCAGCUACAGCAGCUGCGAGACAGCGGGGAGAAGGUGGUGGAGAUUGUGAAGAAGCUGGAGUCGCGCCAGCGGGGCUGGGAGGAGGAUGAGGAUCCGGAGCGGAAGGGGGCCAUCGUGUUCAACGCCACGUCGGAGUUCUGCCGCACUCUCGGGGAGAUCCCCACCUACGGGCUGGCCGGCAACCGGGAGGAGCAGGAGGAGCUCAUGGACUUUGAACGGGAUGAGGAGCGCUCGGCCAACGGCGGCUCUGAGUCGGACGGGGAGGAGAACAUUGGCUGGAGCACAGUCAACCUGGAUGAGGAGAAACAGCAGCAGGAUUUCUCGGCCUCCUCCACCACAAUCCUGGACGAGGAGCCCAUUGUGAACAGAGGGCUGGCAGCCGCCCUGCUGCUGUGUCAGAACAAAGGGCUGCUGGAGACGACGGUGCAGAAGGUGGCGCGCGUGAAGGCGCCCAACAAGUCGCUGCCGUCCGCCGUGUACUGCAUCGAGGACAAGAUGGCCAUUGAUGACAAGUACAGCCGGCGGGAGGAGUACCGUGGCUUCACCCAGGACUUCAAGGAGAAGGACGGCUACAAGCCCGACGUUAAGAUCGAGUACGUGGACGAGACGGGCCGGAAGCUCACCCCCAAGGAGGCUUUCCGGCAGCUGUCCCACCGCUUCCACGGGAAGGGCUCGGGCAAGAUGAAGACGGAGCGGCGGAUGAAGAAGCUGGACGAGGAGGCGCUCCUGAAGAAGAUGAGCUCCAGCGACACGCCCCUGGGCACGGUGGCUUUGCUCCAGGAGAAGCAAAAGGCCCAGAAGACGCCGUACAUCGUGCUCAGUGGCAGCGGCAAGAGCAUGAACGCGAACACCAUCACCAAGUGAAGCCAACCUCCCUUCCGGUCCCCACCCCAACUUUAAUAUUAAAUAAAGUCCCCUCCUUAUUUUUUC